GUUACUAUGCCCGGGUACAAGGGGUCAAUCACCUGCUCAAUGCUUUCCUCAAGAAGACAGAGUGCCAAUGUCAGAUAAUCAAUCUCGGGGCCGGUCUGGACACAACCUUCUGGAGAUUAAAGGAUGAAAAUCUUCUCCCAAAGAAGUAUUUUGAAGUCGACUUCCCUGCAAUAGUUGCCAGAAAACUAUAUAACAUAAAAUCAAAACCACCGCUGUCUAAGCCCAUCAUGGAAUCCCAUUCUGGAGAGUCUCUGCUUAUAGAUUCCCACAGCCUGGACUCUUCGCACUACUCCAUAAUCGGCGCAGACCUGCGAAACUUAAAGGACAUGGAGGAGAACCUGAAGAAAUUUGGCAUGGACCCACAACUGCCGACUCUUCUUAUGGCUGAAUGUGUCUUGGUUUAUAUGACUGUGGAGCAUUCUGGAAGUUUACUAAAGUGGGCGGCCAGCACAUUCCCCACCGCCAUGUUUAUAAACUAUGAACAGGUGAACAUGGCCGAUCGCUUUGGACAGAUUAUGGUGGAGAACCUGCAGAGGAGGCGGUGUAACCUAGCCGGGGUAGAGGCCUGCCAAUCGCUGCAGUCCCAGACAGAGAGAUUACUGUGUAAUGGCUGGGAGGCGGCCGACGCCUGGGACAUGAUCAAGGUGUACAGUAGUCUUCCCCGAGCCGACGUUGUGCGGAUCGAGAAACUGGAAUUUUUAGAUGAGAAGGAAUUAUUGGAACAACUGCUCCUCCAUUACUGCAUCAGCUGGGCGACUAAGGAUUCUCUAAACCUAGGCCUUGCAGAAAUCACAUUUUGAUCAUGCGCUGAAACGCGGAUACUGCCCUGAUGGAUCCCGGACGCUUGAAUAUCUGAACUUGUUUAAAAACACAUAGGAGGAAUUCUCGAAAUUCAGCUGAGAAGGUGACCCCCAGGCCCCCACCCUGAUCCCUUGCAUUGACCUAUCCUGAUCUAAUCCGAUUGCACUGAUGUUUGUGGAGUUUUAAAUAAAUAGCAAAUCUCUUUGAACGUUUUAUACAUUAAAGAGUUAAUCCUUG